AUGUCGAUCGGGCUGGAUAUCUCCGCGACUUCAAGCCACUCCAGUGCUGCUGGGGACGUCUUUGAGUCCGACAUUGACUCAACGCCAUGGACAUCCAAGUUUGACGGACCCUUGCCAAUGACCUCCACAGCAUCGACGGGCGCAGUCCCGACCCCCAACGUCACCCCUUCGACGGAGGAUAUCUCACUCGGACAGCGAAUGAUCUCUGCGACGGCUGGGAAUAUCCUGACUGGCUUGCUCGUCACUCCCUUGGACGUUGUACGCGUACGACUGCAAUCGCAAUCACAAACAUCUACGGUCGCGCCAUAUACUACACAUACCACUCAGACGUUGAAGAACCUACCGCCGAACCUCGGAAUUACAUCAUGUUGCCGUGAAGUGUUCUGGGUAGGAGAUAAUGCGCAAGUUUGCAUGUUUGGGCCGCAAGGAGGUGUGGUGAGGAGUCCAGCACACCUUGGUAUUGAUUGCGCUGUAGAAGAGACUCAGCAACGAACCUUUACUUCGACUUUUGAUGGUCUCCGCAAGAUCGCCCGGAAUGAGGGCUUCUGGACCCUGUGGCGCGGACUCAGUCCGACCUUGAUGAUGGGAAUUCCAGCGAAUAUCAUCUAUUUCGCUGGAUAUGACUGGUUACGAGCGGAUGAUCGCAGUCCAAUUAAGCAGAAUGUGUCAGAUGUAUAUGCCCCCUUCGUGGCCGGCGCAAUAGCUCGCACAGCGGCCGCAUCAGCCACGAGUCCAGUGGAGAUGUUCCGGACGAGACUCCAGGCCACCCCUGGGCACGGUGCGGGUCAUUUUAAAGCCACUUUGGAAGGCCUCUAUCAAAUGACCCAUGCAAGCGGCUAUACUUCCCUAUGGCGAGGACUGUCGCUCACUAUGUGGCGCGAUGUGCCCUUCUCCGGUCUAUACUGGUGGGGUUAUGAGAAGGUGAAACAGUCGCUGGAGAAUACGAGACAGCAUGCGCCGCAUCGCUCCAGCUCAGAGGUUGAGUCACUCUCCACGACAACGGCCUUCUUUGAGAGCUUUAUCGCCGGUGCUACCUCGGGAUCGGUGGCAGCGUUGGUCACCACACCUUUCGAUGUGGGCAAGACGAGGCAGCAAGUCUUCCGACACAUGGGCGACGAUGUUCCAUCGAGUGGUGGCCAACGUCCAUCUCUCCCUCCCAAGGCUACUGCUCCAGAGCGGCUGUCCCUUCCCAAAUUCCUCAUGCAUAUCCUCCGGGAAGAAGGCAUGGCCGGCCUAUUCAAGGGUUGGGCAGCACGCUGUCUGAAGGUUGCCCCAGCCUGCGCCAUUAUGAUCUCAACCUAUGAGCUCGGCAAGCGCAUGGCUCGAGAGGUGAAUGAGCGCCGACAUUCAGAAAGCUCCUAA